AUGCAUCGGAUACCUUACUCGCUUGCAAAUGGAUUCUUCAUACCAAGGAUCAUUUCACUAAAUGUUCCUGGGGGGUAUCCGCUAAAAACCAAGGAAGCGGAACCAGUUGCUGAAAAGCUCCUACAACAAUUUUAUUGGUUUGGAGCACCACGUAUUUUACAAAGCGAUAACGGCAAAGAAUUCGUGGCUAAAGUUAUAAAGGAUUUUAAAAAAACAUGGCCUGAUCUCAUCAUUAUCAAUGGCCGCCCUCGCCACCCCCAAACGCAGGGUUUGGUGGAGCGGGGCAAUCAAACACUUGAAUCAGCUCUUGGAAAAUGGAUGGAAUCGAAUAAUCGUAAAGAUUGGUCGAACGGUGAAACAUCUGACAGUAGUGAUACUCGUUCAGUCAAUAAUCAUCAACAAAUACGAGCUGAAGCUGAAGCGUCCUACAUGGCUAAUAUUGUGAAACGACAAAAAUUGUUCAACGAUGCAUUACGUCAGCAUGAAUACAAAGUUGGUGAUUUGGUCGGUUUAAAAAUUGACAAAGUAGACAGAACAAAUGUUACACCUAAGAUAUUGCCAUGUAAAAUAAUAUCGAUUCAAUCGGCAUCAAAUGAUAUGGAUACUUAUCAAUCAUGUACAACAACAUGUGUAAUCUCUUCACGAUUUCAAGUGCUCGAUCUAUUGGAUUUAUCCAAUUGUAACUUUCGUGACUUACGUGAAGUCGCUUUAACAGCUUUACCAACUAUGACAUUCAUUCAAGCAUGCAAAGCGUAUGUGAGUGCAGGAUUAGUUACUCCUGUUGAAGCAUGUAACUGUAAUGGUAAUUGUUCAACAAAAAAAUGUCCUUGUCGGGCAGCAAAAAUACAAUGUGGUACCAAAUGUCAUUCGUCAAAAACGAAACCGUAUUCAAAUGU